GAUCUGUGCUCAGGCAGAGAAACCACAAAAUUAUAUUCUGUGCAGAAACUGUCUCUCAGUACGAGGUUACGAUCAAAGAGUACACCAACUAAUUGGUGUAUUCUUGGUCACGGUCAAAGCACAGACACAGUUCAAGGAUCAAACAGUAAACAAGUCAGGAUCAGGAUUAUGAAUUACGAAUCGAAGAUCAGAAGCACAGUAGAAAACUAAAGACCUCUGUUGUACAAUAAGUACAUACAAUUUUUGUACAAAUUGUUGGUGUCUAUGGUUAGAAAUUUCAAGAAUUUUCAUCAGUUUAUGAAAAUACUUUAAAAUUCGUCAUAUACUCGUGAAUUCUACAAUACAAAUGACCAAUACAGUGAACUGUGUUUUUUGUAAAAUUAUAGCAGGAGAUAUGCCUGGAGAAAUUUUAUAUCAAGAUAGUGAUGUUGUUGUGAUUGAAGAUAUCAAACCAGCUGCCAGACAUCAUUAUUUAGCAAUACCUAGAGAGCAUAUAGAUAACGUUAACAAAUUAUCUACAUUGGAUCACAAAACUCUAGUUGGUAAAUUAGUUGAAUGUGGAAAAAAAUCCAUAGGGGAGAAUGGAGGAGAUUUAAAUGAUAUUCGUAUAGGUUUCCACUGCCCUCCAUUUAAUUCGAUUUCCCAUUUACAUCUCCAUAUAAUUUCACCAGCCUCUCAGAUGAAUUUCUUCAGCAGACUGGUUUUUAAGCCAAAUACUUGGUGGUUUCAGGCAGUCGAAGAAGUUCUGGUGAAGUUAUCUAAAGAAUGAUCAACAUUCCACUCACUCCUGAAUGCAAUUAGCUAUACAAAAAUAAUACCUAGUAUAUUCCAAACUAAAUGGAAAUAAACUCAUGUGAUUACAUAUGUCUAUUGAGAAUAUCCUUUCUUAUUGAAGUUUUUAUAUUCGAACAAACAUGUUACAAGUUCGGACUUCCACUGUCUGAAAAAGGUGAAAGGUUUGAAAUGUAUGGAAAAACAAAUAAAAUAAAAUUGAAUGAAA